GUAAGACCAUUGCAAGUUGCAACACGGAAGCGGCAGCACAUUUUUCAAUUAUUAUCAUAAUAAAUUGAUAUCUUAUAUAACAAGAUGAACAGCCUGAAGACAGCAACAAUGCGAUUUGCCAAUUUGGCCAGCGCCACAGCUGGUGCAUUGGGCAAACGCGAUUUUACACGCAGCCUGUGGCACAUGACCAAAAAGCCGGCGGUGGGUGGUGACCACGUUACUGUGUUAAAUGUGCAUAAGCCCAGCAUCAAUUGCACUUGUGGCUGCAAUGUGCACACUAAAGGUGAACGUGAGCUGGUCGAGUUCCUUACCGAGGAGAUUAUUGCUGAGCGCAAGGUGCAAAAAGGCAAGACUGUGCCCAGCACACUGGAAGGCUUCAACGUAAAACUCAUUGGCGCCGAUGUCGAGCUGACCAAGGAAACGGACAAAGAAAAGGUCGUCAUUAGCUUCAAUGUGAACCAUACUGUUGACAGCGAGCAGGAACCCGAAAUUAAUCCUAAUGCCGACAAACCAGAAUUGGGUGAAAUGCGUAGCAAGCCCCAAUUUGAAGUGGACAUCAUUAAGGGCAACACCACCCUAUCGUUUACUUGCUCCUACUUGGAAGGCGAAGCACAGGAGGGUGAAUAUAACGAUGUGUUUUCUAUAGAUGAAAUGUCGAUCUUUGAAGGCGAAUGGAAUGACAAAGUGUAUGCAGUUGCUGGAGAUGUGCUCGAUGGCUAUUUGUAUGAUCUGUUGAUGAACAUUCUGGAAGAGAAAGGUAUUAGCAAUGAAUUUGCCGAGAAACUCUCCGACCUAGCCACCGCUCACGAGCACACCUCUUAUAUUGGUUUGCUGGAGAAACUUUCCAAGUUCACGGCUGGCAAAUAAUUAUUGAAUGUUCAUUUCUAAAUUUAAGACGAAAAGUUGUGUAGUUUUUUAAGUUUUCAUCAACAUACAUACAUAAUUCGAUAGUUUCUCGAGCUAAGAACAUUUUACAUUAUUCGUGUUUUUAGUCGUAUACUGUCGAUUCUAAUACUAGAUUUUAAGCCAAAAGAUUGUUAAACGCAAAACACAGGAUUGUUUUUUGAUAAAUCAGUAAUGAGCAUAUGCAAAUUAACUUUUUGAGCAUAUUCUUCAGCUGUUAAGUGAGGAAAAUACACGUUUCAACCAA